AUGCCCGAGAUUUCCAUCGACUCCACCAUCCUCCCCGUGGAGGCCCCUCGACGCAGGUUGGCGGGAAAGCAACCAGCGAAAGCGAUCAAAGUGUCAGUGACCUCGGCGAAGAACGUGUCCAAAGUCGACGCGAAGGGCGAUGGCGUGAUCCACUCAGACCGGUCACAGCGAUGGUGUAAAGAGGUGCAAUGUGCCAAGAGCAAGAGGCCCUUGGAAACAACCACGCUCACGAGGCGUCAGCAAGUGCGGGAGACCAAGGAACAAGUCAUUGAGACGAGGACCGUGGUCUUGAAGAGAGUUCGUCGAAAGUGA